AUGAAGCGACAACUUGUAGACACUUCGAAGAUCGGCAUUCGAAUGGCGAUAGUUAGCCAAACGCGAAGCCGAGCGACACGCCCUUUGUCCAGAUCUCUCGCUGCGCCCACCAGGCACGGCUGGCAGUCUCGGCGUUGUUUCGCAGCAACCGUCCAGCGCCACCAAGAGAAGCCAUCACCUAACGCUGUGGGCUUACCGCGGGAGACCGCUUUUGGCGGCAAGCGUUUUGCGGAUUUUGAUCUUGCCGGAAAGACAUUCAUCGUGACGGGCGGUGCUCGUGGCCUUGGCCUUGCUCUUGCUGAGGCCUUGGUGGAGGCAGGAGGAAGAGUCUACUGCCUGGAUCGCGCAGAAAGCCCAGACGAAGAAUGGGACGAGGCCUUGCAGCGCGUGGUGCCGGAAUGGGGCGGAUCAUUAGAGUACCGCCAAGUUGACGUGCAAGAUACAGAAAACCUAGAAAAAGUCAUCGACACAAUUGCCAAAGAGAACAGCCGUCUCAACGGUGUGAUUGCGGCAGCAGGUGUUAACCAGGUGACGCCGGCAACCAAGUACGAGCCAGAAGACGCCAACGAGAUGCUCAAGACCAACUAUACGGCUGUACUGAUGACAGCAACCAUCUCGGCCCGCAAGAUGAUGGAGUACAAGUGCCACGGCAGCAUUUGCCUAAUUGCGAGCAUGUCUGGGCUCAUCGCCAACAAGGGCAUGAAAUCUCCAGUAUAUAACUCGUCCAAGGCGGCUGUGCUUCAGCUGACGCGCAGUUUGGCCAUGGAGUGGAGCAAAGUGAAGAAGGAUGGAAGUGGCGGCAUCCGUGUCAAUUCUCUCAGCCCUGGGCACAUCAUGACGCCCAUGGUGCAGAAAAUCCUAGACCAAGACCCGGAGACUGAGGAGCUGUGGUGCAAAGAGAAUAUGAUGGGGCGGUUGGCUCAAACGAGCGAGUUUAAAGGCGCUGCACUGUUUCUUCUGAGCAAUGCGAGCAGCUUCAUGACCGGCAGUAAUCUGGUGGUGGAUGGAGGACACACGGCAUGGUGA